AUGGUCCUUCUGCACAAGGAUUUCGGCGUCUGCAACGUCAUGGUUGUCGACGAGGAUAACCAUCUCAUCCGGUAUGAUAAUUACGACGCCUUGGACAAGAUAUUUUGGGAUGUCCUUUCCACGCACGCUGUACGGUUCGACGGGGAGACGGUCCGAACUAUCAAUGCUGCAAUGGUUGUCGAUCUUUUGCUUUCUCAUGGGUUUACCAGCCGUCCUGCUAAUAUGCCGAUUCCCGAGCCUAUUCGUGAUGAGAGCGGUGCUUAUGAGAUGCUUGGUUUAGACUGUUUGCUCAUAAACCCUGCUACCAGGCUUGUCUAUGAGUAG